CUGAAGAAUCUCCUCAGAAUGCAAUACAUAAUAAUUUAUUUUUAAUCAGGGAUUGACAUAAGAGACGCCUUUGCUUCCCUGGCUGCAGUUACAAGUGAAAGAAAUCUUUGGCAAAGUCCAGCUCACUAGGCAGAGAGAAAGUCCAAAGUUUCUAAGACGUUGAUACACGGUACAAAUGGAUCUUUUGGUGUUGGUGGCAUUGAGCUCCUGGAUGGCUCCUACACUUGCUUCAUCAUCCGGCAGUGAUGACAAAGACUACGACAGUGCUUUUCAUUACGAUUAUGAAUCUCUGAGAAUUGGUGGCCUAGUUUUCGCUGUGGCACUGUUCCUCUUGGGCAUCGCCCUCAUCGUCACCCGGAAAUGUACCUGUUCGAAGAGUGAUAAGUCAAGGUCCCAGGGUCCUAAUGUGGAAUCAGGUGUUCCAAAGGCUUAAACCCAGAGACAAAGAGCUGAGGACAGUCUUUCCAUGAAUGCAUGAUGCCUCCUUCAAUUUCAAAAUGUUAUUAUGCUCCUUUUAUUCUUUUUUAUGUUUUUAUCAUCAAUAACUGUUACUAGACAAUCUGCCUGCUUUAUAUGGUAGAAAUAGUGUCAUUGAGAUUGUAUUUUUGUGACUUUCAAAUUUAUGCAAAAUAAUAAAACACAUUUGAAAAUC